AACUUUCGACCAUUCGGUACAAUCCCAUUUCCCAUUCAAAAUCAAGCCACAAAAAUCCAUCAUCUUACUUUGUUGAAAGGUUCAGAUUCCAAAUAUAAUUUGUUUAUGUCAUCAUUAUUUAAUAUAAAAAUGGGGAACGUCAACAAUUUGACUGUUUGAGAAUUUGUGUUAUGAGUUGUUCAGCAGUAUGGCCAUAAACAGUUUAAGCAUAGGAACAUAUAUUCCUUGGCAAACCCAAUUCAGUUUCAGGGUCAAAUACGAGGCUUUUGGUGUCCUUAAGAAACUCAGACAAGUUUCCUUCUCAGUUCGAUCAAUGGGUUCUUUUGCUUCUUCUCAGAGACCCGACAACGUUAGAGAGCCCAGUGCAGUUGACUAUGUUUCUGUAAGUGAUGAAGAAUGGAAGAAGAUGCUUACACCGGAACAAUUUUACAUUACUCGACAAAAAGGGACAGAGAGAGCUUUCACUGGGGAAUACUGGAACACAAAAACCCCUGGAACUUAUCAUUGCAUAUGUUGUGACACGCCUCUUUUUGAAUCAUCGACUAAAUUUGAUAGUGGAACUGGCUGGCCAUCAUAUUAUCAGCCUAUAGGAAACAAUGUGAAGUCAAAAUUAGAUCUGUCAAUAAUUUUUAUGCCUCGUCAAGAAGUUCUUUGUGCUACUUGCGAUGCUCAUCUUGGCCAUGUCUUUGAUGAUGGACCUCGACCUACAGGAAAGCGUUACUGUAUCAAUAGUGCUUCCCUGAAACUGAAACCCAAGUAGGAAACAGUACUAAGCUUGCAGUUGCAAAGCAGAGAUGAGACACUUGGGAUUGAGAAAACUGAAAUAAUAUUAGCUUUAGUGGCUUUGGUGUAUCAUGUGCAAUAUUAAUAACGUGUAAUAGCAAAUCACUGUAUAAAAUCGGAGGAUCUGAGCCUUUUUAUGAAGUAUAUAAUUUUUAAAUAGUGAAUUAUCUUUGUAAAAACUAUUUCUU